AUGCAAGGUUCCACCCAAAAAUUCGCAACUCCACAAUCGUUCAGUGUUAUGCAAGACAAAACCGCGUUCUACACUCAUCUUAACUCGGUUUACAGCAGUGUUCCGAGAGCCGAUAUCAUAAUCGUCAUGGGAGACCUCAACGCUCAAGUCGGUGCAGACAAUUACGGUCUGGAACGAGUUACGAUAAAAAAUGGCUUCUGGUCACGUAAUGAAAAUGGUGACAUGCUUGUCGACUUUUGUAACGAAAAUCUUCUUGUAAUUGGUGGGACUGUAUUUAAACAUAAGACGUGCAACAAAGUCACAUGGGUGCACCCAGAUGGUCAUACCGAAAAUCAAAUUGAUCACAUCAUGAUUCAGCAGCGAUGGAGGAAGUCUAUGUGUGAUGUCCGAAAUAUAAGAAAUGGUUGUCCUGAGUCUCAAAUUAAAAACAGCGGCUGUAUUAAGGCAAUCGCAGAAUGCAGAAAGAAAUCCAAAAUUCAAUACGAAUGCUUUAAGUGA